AUGUACAACGGUAUCGGUCUGACUACUCCCCGCGGCAGUGGCACAAGCGGCUAUGUCGUCCGCAACCUUUCUUCACUGCGCGUUCACGAGAGGAACAACGACAAGUCCGCCUGGGAUGCUGCUCCCCCAAAGCACAGAGAGCCCGAUGAGGCCAUUCUCGAGCACGAGCGGAAAAGAAAGGUAGAAGUCAAGUGUCUGGAGCUCAGAGAUGCCCUCGAAGAUAAAGGCAUUGAUGAGGAAAUUAUCGAAAAACAGGUCGAUGACCUUCGCCAAAAACUCCUCGCCAAUCUCUCCGCAAUGGCGCCUCCCUCGCACGGCUUCAAGCCUUCAGAUACCCAUGGCCAGGCCGCCGCAAAAAAGGUCGAGCUGUCCAAGAUGGCCCGUGCAUUCGGCACCCGUGCAGACUACCAAGAAGGAGAGGCAUUUGACAGGGAAAAGCAGGAGGAGAAUAAAAUAAAGCGUAUGGCAGAGCGCGAGGAGCGGGAAAGGGCUAGGCUCGAAAACAAGGCCAAAAUGGCCGAACAAAAGGCAAAAUGGGAGCAGGAAAGGAAGGAGAGGGAUAUGCAACGCAAGAAGGAACAAGAAAAGGCGAGAGAAGAGAGGGCCGAUAAAGCUGCAAAGGAUAUGCCCCCUCCGCCUUUGCCUACUGGUCCAAAAAGGGAUUAUGUGGAUAGGGACAGACCUAGUGACCAAGAUUAUCGACGCAGUCCACCCCCUCGCGGUCCCCCACCACGCAGCAAUACAGACAAGGACCCAGUGGUCGCUCCAAGCGAGACAGGGGAUCUCCAUCUAGAUCCCCAUCCCCACCCCCAAGGAACAGAAGACGCGUGGACUCACGCUCCUCCUCGCGUUCUCGUUCUCGUUCCCGGUCAUCACGCUCACCCUCACGUUCUCCUCCGCGCAACGCAUCUCGCCGAUCUCGUUCAGCUUCAGCUUCACCUAUGCGCAUUGCCCCCCCUUCGUCACAUCGCGGACCACCCCCUUCACAUACUAGAGGUCCUGGCCCAAGAGGACGUGAACAGAGAGGACGCUCGCUAUCCAGAUCACGUUCUAGAACUCCACCGCGUAGAAGACGGGAUUCUCGUUCGCCCUCAGUAUCGCGUUCAAGAUCCAAGUCGAGGUCCCGUUCACCUGGCAGGAGACGCCCACCCUUGCCGUCGUAUCGUUCAGGUUCUCCCCCACCACCUUCGCGAGGUGAACGCCCUCCACCUCCAUUACCCACCCCUCGUGACGAAGAACCCGUUCGAGGACGAGAGAGGGAUUCUGGCAAACGAGGUGGCCGAUCACGGUCAGCAUCCACGGGGUCUUCAAUGA